UGUUCUGCCGCCGCAUCUUCAAAGUCCAUUCUUUCUUCUACAAACCCCGAAUCUAACACCUCCUCCUCAAAAACCAUCUCAAUCUGUCUCUCCACCAUAGACAAAUCCCUCGUGGCCGGCUAGCAAGAAGGAUACGAUUAUUUCAAUUGAUGCGCACGAAUCCAUUUGUUGCAGGAUCUGAUUGCAAAUGACAUCGGAGGAGAAGGAGAAGAAGAAAAACGACAACGGGAUUGUAUACUAAAUUAUCAUUGGAAAAAACUAGUAUGAUUUUCCCCAGAAGAUUUCAUUCAUCAAUGCUAGCAAGUAUCCGGUGCAUUUGAUAAUCAAAAUCACGAUCUUAUUGAAAAUCGCCAAAAUAAAUUUUGUUGUAAACAGGAAAAGCUGCGGAGAGAGAAAAGCUCAUCUUCUCUACUCAUGGCUUUAGUCGUUAUCUGUGGACAGCCAUGUAGUGGUAAAACAACAGUAGCAACAAGCAUAUACAAAGCCUUAGAAGAAUCAGAAUCCAAACCUACAGUCAGAAUUGUGAACGAAACAUCCCUUCAUCUAGAUCGCAACAAAAGUUACGCUGACAUGCCUUCUGAAAAGAAUCUUAGAGGAGUCCUUAGAUCCGAAGUGGAUCGAUCCUUAUCCCGAGAUAACAUCGUUAUAGUUGAUUCAUUGAACAGCAUCAAAGGUUACAGAUACGAGUUAUGGUGUUUAGCUCGAGCAUCAGGAACAAGAUACUGUGUCGUUUACUGCGAUGUCAAUGAAGACGACUGUAGAAUCUGGAACGAAGACCGCCGCACAAGAGAAGAACCCUCGUACAACGACAACAUACUUGAAGAUCUCAUAAGAAGAUUCGAAACUCCAGAUAGAAGAAACAGAUGGGAUUCUCCACUUUUCGAGUUAUCAUCAUCUGAAGUGAUUCCAGACAUUGUAUCGUAUUUAACAAAAAAGGUUGAUUCGAAAACUAGGGAUGUUAAGAUUUUACAGCCGACUAUUGCGACACAAACUGCACGAUCGUCAGAUGCGAAUUCGCUUUAUGAGAUUGACCGGGCUACUUUAGAGGUGAUUAGUGGUAUUAUGGAAGGUCAAUCGAGGGCAAUUGGGGGGGUAAUAAAUGGAGUUGUUUUGGGAAAUGGAUUGUUGACUGUGAAUAUUUCAAGAACAGUUGGGCUACCUGAACUGCGGAGGCUGAGGAGAACGUUUAUAAAGUUAACGGGACAAUCGAGCUUGAGUGGACCUCCACCUCCGGUUGAUGCUGAGAGCUCGAAGAGGAUGUUUGUUGAUUAUUUGAACAGAGAAUUAGGAACGGCCUGAUCUGAAAUGAGAGUUUCAUAGUCCUUUGAAGCCACAAACAGUAAUAUAUGUGUUUUUAUUAGUCAUGUUAUGGCUCAUUGUUCAAUUGUUUAUGUAUUUCAAUCUGAAAUAUGGCUAAUCCUUUUUUGUUAAAUCAUGGUUUGGAUCUGCUUUUUGUUACCUAGACUUGUCAAAAGUACAAACUAUCAUCUUAGUAAUAUUGAGAACAGUUUGCAUCAAGAGCAGUACAAUGAUCUUAUUGUUAGUGAUUCAUUUAAUCUUGUUUGAAGAAAAAGAUAACUGACAUUUUGAGGCCA